AUGGGGCUGGUGGGCCAGAGCUCUAGCUAUGGAACAAGGCCCAAUGAGAGUGGUGGUAGAGAGACCAACAGUGUUAGUGUACCGGAGAGAUUCAUGGACGAGAUCACCUGCGAGAUCAUGGUGUUGCCUAUGCUCCUGCCCUCCGGUCACUUUGUGGACCGGAGCACCCUGGACAAGCUGCACACCACUGACUGUGUGUAUGGGAGACCACCGUCUGAUCCAUUCACAGAGGUUUCACAGUAUUCUUAUGAGCAAACAGAGUAG